AUGGCGACCGACUGGAGCAAGCUUACGGUUGUCGACCUCAGGCAAGAGCUCAAGCGGAGAGGGCUGGACACUAAGGGUGUGAAGGCAGUUCUGAUCGAGCGUCUGGAGGAAGCUGAGAACAAUGGCUUAGACCAGGAGCCGCCCAGCGGGGAGCCUGUAGCCGGCGAAGACGCAACCGCCGACACUGGCGGCGCCUCCGGCGCAAAGCCUGACGCGCCCGCCAGCCCCACCGCGGAUCCCCAGAGCAACGGCGGCGUGCCGCAAACCCCUUCAGUGCCGCCCGCCGAAGUCCUUGUGGACGAGAAGAAGCGGAAGCGCCGCUCCGUUAGCCCACCGCCUUCAAACGUCGACACUCCGCGGAAGAGGCCAAGGCAGGACCCUGCCGAGACUCUCAAGGCCGGGGGCGUCGCGAAAGCCGCCGUUCAGGACGGUGCAUCUGCGCCACAGCAUCUCCCGGCAGAGAGCGCGAGUCAGCCUGGCACCGCCGUGGCUCCUUUGACUUCACAGCCACUACCGAGCGAGCCCGUCAGCGCGGACAACCAAGUACAAACAACGGAUCAGGACGAGGUUGUCGACUAUGGCGACGAUUCACUGGUUGAGAAGCAUGAUGUGAAGGUGGAGCCAGCGCAAGAGGCGGCAUCUACUAGGAUGGAUAUCGACACCGAGGUGAAGAAGGAGAGGGACGAGCGUCCUAUCCCAAACCGCCCUGCUCGCGGCAUUCGGGACGAUGACGAUGCCCUUCUCGAGCCCGCCCUUCACCCAGCCACCGACAGCCUCUACAUUGGCAACCUUAUGCGCCCCCUCAAGUCCGAGAGCGUGGAAGCCCAUCUCGUUGAACUUUCCGCAGCCCGCGGCGAAACCCCUGACCCGUCUGUUGUAACGGCAUUUUGUCUCGACUCUAUCCGCACACACGUGCUGGUCCAGUUCCGCACCGUCACUGCCGCCUCGCGCGUGCGGUCCGCCUUGCAUGGUAGGGUCUGGCCUGAUGAGCGGAAUCGCAAAACGCUCUGGGUCGACUAUGUUCCCUCAGGACAGAUCCGCGACUGGAUCGAAAAGGAGGAGGCCGAGACUGAGCGCGCAUCUGGCGGAGGCAGUCGUGGUGGCGUUCCUAGAUGGGAGGUUGUUUACCACAAGGACGGAGGCAUCACCGUCGCCACCCAUCAGAUUGCCGCGCCCGAUUCAAAGGCUCCCCCGUCUGCCCCUGCCCCGUCACGUUCAUCCUUCCCAGCAAACGCCCCCACCGGCCCAGCCAUGAGGGAGCACACAGGAAUCGAAUCGGCGCCCUCGGGCCCACGGAGCAUGCAACCCCCGCAGCCGAGCGGUGGCCGAUUGGGCGGUGGCGGUGACAUGCGCUCCAACUCAUACCAAGGAACUCGCGCCACGCCUCGUCUUGCCUGGCAGGCUGUCUCAUCCGAUCUGGCACGCCGAAGGCUUGCAAACCUCGACCAGUUCGUCUCGCACGACCCGACCCGCGAUGUUUCGGGCGACCACCACCGCUACUCGUUCACCCGCAGCGAUCAGUUUAUCGACCGCGGCCCGGAAACUUUUGUUGGCAUCAGGCCUCCGUUCCGAGAUCGCCGCGGUCCGAUGGGAGGCGGUGGCGGCGGCGGCGGCGGAGGUGGUGGCCCUCGCGGCGGCGGCCCACCGGGGGGAGGACAUGCGUCUGGCUCUGGCUCUGGCUCUGGAUCACACCGAGCACCACUACCUCCCCAGUCGUUCGAAGCCCCGGCCCCACGCCGGCGCGGUGGUCGUCGGCGAAACGGCGGCGGCGGCGGUGGUGGCCCUCCGCCAGGACCCGGUGGGCGUUUUGGUGAAGGUGGGCGUUUCGGGGAUGGUCGUCCCCCUAGGUAUGAGGACUUUCGGUACAGGCCUGGUGACAAUGACCAUCGCUCUGAUAGGCGGCAGUGA